AUGGCCGGCAUCAUACUGAAAGUGGCUGGCUUUCCGUUCUUUGACGUCGAGGACAUCUCAGCAUCGACGCAAAUCGAGGUGAAGUAUGCCGAGGACUUCACAGCGUUCGACAAUGCGUAUAGCGACGGUCCAUGGACGUUCAGCAAUGGCCUAUCGAGCUCGUUCCGUACCGAGACAUUCAAUCUUACUGAGCCAGGUCGCUUUGAGUGGCCUCUGAUCCAAGGAGGCCAAAGAUGGCAGACUGUCGAGCUUCUAACGAACACCACAAUUACCUUCCGAACGCUUGGCCUUAAGUUGACUUCUGAGAACAUUCCUCCUGCUCAUGUGGCCGGACAGCUGCAGACCUCAAACUCAAUAUACAACAAGAUAUGGGAUCUCGGAGCCAGAGUCGUACAGGCUGCUUGUGUCGAUGCCGGAAAUGCGCCCUCGACUUGGCAGAUUACAACCGAUGGUGCCUACGUGCUCGGUCAACAAACAGCCCAGUCGGGCAAAGGCACUACUUUCGGAAACUACACGCUAUCGUUCUCAACCAAGAUCGUCAGAGGUGGCACAGGGUGGCGAGUAGCCAGCAGCAUAGCGCCAUAUGGCUCGCUAUUUUAUCUCACAUCGAAUUACCCAGACGAUGCUGUCUUCAUAAACACGGACAGCACGCUGCUCCCGCCCAACACGUUGGUCUACAACUACGGAUAUUCGAUCGUCAAUCAGUCUACACUCGAGACCGGAGGGAAUCAUUACUUCCCGAUCAGUACCACCAUGGUUGAAGAUACAUGGUACAACAUCAGCACUACCAUAACGUCUGAUGGCUUUUCGGUGGCGAUUGAUGGCGUAUCUGUGGCAUUUGUGGCAAACUCUGAAGCAAAGAUACUGAGUGCCUCAUCUCUCCUCGCGCCUACUCGAGUCACUGAUGGCACUUGGGGUUUCGGGCCAUGGAAUGGACAAGCUGCAUACUUCAAAGAUGUGAUCGUCACUGCUGAAAAUGGUACGAAUCUAUACAACAACCCAAUGACUGACGAGUCUGUUCUCGCGGAGUAUGGUGUGGCCGCGCUAGACUCCUCAGUGUGUCUUGACGGAGCAAAGCGAGACCGCCUCGUCUGGGCUGGUGACUUUUACCACACGACUCGCGUCCUUGGCUCAUCAACUGCAAGAUGGGACUACGUCUUGGGUAGCAUCGAUUUUGUGAUGAGCUUUCAGCGUAAAGAAUCUCCCUACAAAGGCUUCGUGCCAAUAAGUGCCGGCAUGGGCUCACGACCAGAGUACUCAAACGCAUUCAUCUACCAGUACGCAGGCCUAAUCGACUACCAAGACCUUUUCCUUGCUGCAAUCGGACACUACUUCUGGAGCACAGGUGACAGCCAAGGCCUUUCAAAGCAUUGGAACGGUAUCAAAGACCUAUUCAACGCUCGACUCGCAUACAUCGAUCCAUACUCCGGCCUCAUGGCCGGUGAGAACGCCUACUACUUCCUAGGUCCAGUCAACGGCAGCGCAGUAACAGGUCUCGCAGCCUAUGCAUACAAAUCUCUAAUCCCUCUCGCUGAAGCCUACAACGACACAUCAGCUGCGCUCCUCUUAUCCCAAGUCUCCAAAAAUUUAACCCAAGCCCUCAAUUCACACCUGUGGAACCCAGAUCUCGAAGUCUACUCCCUCGACAUCUCAUCACCAACAAACUUCUCCCAAGCCGGAAUCGCCUGGUCCAUCCUUUCCGGCGCAGCGAACGACACCCAAGCUACAUCUUCCCUUUCGCAUCUCUCUUCUUUACGUCUAGACUGCGGCUAUAAGUCCUCCUCUUCCGAUGCAGAUUCGCCUACCACCCAGCUCUCACCAAACAUAGGAGGAUUCACACUCGAAGCCCUUCUCAAAACCAAGUCCUCAAAUCACACCAUCGCAAAAUCUUUCUUAGACGACUUCUGGUCUAAAAUGGUCACACAGCCCGAAUACAACUCGGGAGCGAGCUGGGAGACGUGGAAAUUCGAACCGAUGUUGGGUGUGCUGGGGUUGACGGAGGUGAAUGGGACUGUUGUGACGCCGUAUGGGAAGAUAGAAGCGAAGUGGGAGAUUGAUGGGGAGUGUGCGAUUGUGUCAGUUUCUGUGCCGAAAAAUGGGACGUAUGGGGUUUUGGUAUUACCAGAUGGGGCUUAUGUAGAGCAUGAUGGGAAGAGUGGGAAGAUUGAGCUACAUGAUCGUGAAACACAACUCAGAAUACGUGGCUGGCGCACGUAG